AUGUCCCUGUUGCUUAAUAUCCCGCUUGAGCUCCGAGAGCUCAUCAUCGGACACGUACUCUAUGCGCCGACCAGCCCUCCUGUAACUCCGAUCGAGUCCGAUGGGGUCGAAUACAAUGAUCUUCGGUACAAGGCAUGGCCUGGAGGAGGUGCCAAAACUUAUUAUACGCAGCAAAGUAUGACUAGCCCUUCAAGUUGCGUGUCUCUUCUCCUCACAAAUCACCAAAUUUCAGUGGAGACUCGGGCAAUUCUUCAACGCAUGAAAGUGGACUAUAUCCUUGAUAUCUCAGUUAAGGAUGAUUUGACCCUCUUUCUGAUCUGGCUCUCGGUGCCAUGUCUCACUACCCAUAUAUCGACUCUCUACGCGAAUGUCCGUCUCUUUGGUAACAUCGCCGAUGAAAAAAUUAUCCGUAGCCAACUGGGCGACGGUGGCCGGUUGGGCUUCCACUGGUCAUUCUAUGCCGCUUUAGAGCGGUUCCUCCGCUAUGGCCCCGUGGCAGAGAAAAGAAGCAAAGAGAAAGAUAACUCCCAGAAAAGUCGUUGGAACAUACAGGAAUUCGAGGACCGCGGUAUGCUGAUCGACACACUUGUUCUCGAUUUCCAGUCUGCGGAACUAGAGCUGGCCUUCCCACCAGAAAAUAUCACGUACGACCACUGGUCGAGUCGGCAUUGUGGUAGCGACAAGUUUGACCGAAGUGAAAUCCCUAGGAUUUUGUCAACGUAUACAACGCGCCCGGAGUGGCUUUGUCGAUACAUGCAGGACUGGAUUUGCCAUCUUCUUGGUAUGGAUUACUGUACGUCUAGAUAUGGACAGCUUCUAUACGAGCGUAUCGGGACCAUCCAAAUGCUUGUUGAUGGACAACUAGAAUAUGAAUUCGAUCUUGCAGCUUGGCUAGCUGGCCUAAACUUUACCGAUCCACGUGAAACAAUGGGCCAUUUACCCGCAAAUGAAAGGGUUCCUGGAUUUUGGAAAUGGAAAAGAGACACGUUGUUAAGAAGAGAGGCUCAAGGGCUCCCUGUUCGACCGCCAUCGGAUGAUGCAUCGGACAAGCGAGAUGAAGAAUAUGUGAUAUAA